CCGCGCUCCUCGGGGAAGCCCGGCCGGGCGCGGAGGAGGGCGGCGGGCCCGCGGAGAGCGCCAUGCGGGGAGGCGCGGCGCCCGGCCGCCCCUGAGCCGCCGGAGCAGCCGCCCUCGGCCCGGGCGCGGAGAUGAGCAGGUCCGCGUUGCUGCUGCUCUGCUUGCUGGGCUGCCACAUCUGGAAGGCGGUGACCAAGACGCUGCGGGAGCCGGGCCCCGGAGGCGCCCAAGAGGUGACUCUGAAGGUGCACAUCAGUGAUGCCAGCACCCACCAACCCAUCCCAGAUGUGCUCAUCGAGGUCUUCGCCAAACAGGUGUCCAUCGCCUCAGGAACGUCAGGAGCUGAUGGCGUCGCCUUCAUCAAGUUCCAGUAUAAGCUGGGCAGUCAGUUAAUUGUCACCACCACAAAGCAUGCUUAUGUGCCAAACUCUGCACUGUGGAAGCCCCUCCGAUUACCUGUAUUUUCUUCACUGAGCCUUGGCCUGCUUCCGGAACGAUCUGCUACUCUAAUGGUCUAUGAAGACAUUGUCCAAAUAGUAUCAGGAUUCCAAGGUGCCCGGCCACAGCCUCGUGUUCAUUUCCAAAGAAGGGCUCUGCGGUUGCCUGAGAACACAAGCUACAGCGACCUCACUGCGUUCCUCACAGCCGCCAGCUCUCCCUCGGAGGUGGACAACUUUCCGUACUUGCGAGGCUUAGAUGGAAAUGGAACAGGAAACAGUACCAGAUAUGACCUGACCCCUGUCACGGCUGUCAGCGUCCACUUACUAAGCAGUAAUGGAACCCCAGUGCUGGUGGAUGGUCCCAUCUACGUCACCGUGCCCCUAGCCACACAGAGCAGCCUUGGGCAUAAUGCCUAUGUCGCAGCGUGGAGGUUUGACCAGAAGCUGGGGACGUGGCUCAAGAGUGGCUUAGGCCUUGUACACCAGGAGGGAAGCCAGCUCACGUGGACCUACAUCGCCCCCCAGCUGGGCUACUGGGUGGCAGCCAUGUCUCCUCCCAUCCCAGGUCCAGUCGUGACACAGGAUAUUACCACAUACCACACAGUGUUUCUUUUGGCCAUUUUAGGAGGAAUGGCUUUCAUACUUCUGGUUUUGCUGUGUCUCCUCCUAUAUUAUUGCAGGAGGAAAUGCUUAAAACCUCGCCAGCACCACAGAAAGCUACAGCUCCCCACAGCCCUGGAGAGUUCCAGAAGGGACCAGUCCACUUCCAUGUCACACAUCAACUUGCUGUUUUCUCGUCGGGCAUCAGAAUUUCCUGGCCCUCUGUCUGUUGCCAGCCACAGCCGCCAAGAGGCCCCAGGGACAAAGGAGCUGAUGAGUGGGGUCCAUUUAGAAAUGAUGUCACCCAGCGGGGAGGGAGACCUGCACACGCCCAUGCUGAAGCUGUCCUACAGCACCUCCCAAGAGUUCAGCUCCCGAGAGGAACUGCUGUCCCAUAAGGAGGAAGACAAAAGCCAAACCUCCUUUGACAACCUGACACCAAGCGGGACGCUGGGAAAGGAUUACCGUAAGUCCGUGGAAAUUUUUCCCUUGAAGGCCAGAAAACCUAUAGAACGAGAAGGCCGUGAGUCACCAGGCAACAAUGACUACAGGGGCAGUUACAACACUAUGUUCUCCAAGCCUUUAUUUGAAAAGCAAGACCGAGAAGGGCCGGAAUCCACAGGAAGCAAACUCACCAUUCAGGAACACAUGUACCCUGCACCUUCAUCUCCAGAAAAAGAACAACUGCUAGACCGAAGAUCCACUGAAUGUAUGAUGUCACGAUCAGUCGAUCACCUAGAGAGACCUACGUCUUUUCCACAGCCAGGCCAGUUGAUCUGCUGUAGCUCUGUGGACCAGGUCAAUGACAGUGUGUACAGAAAAGUGCUGCCUGCUCUGGUCAUUCCAGCUCACUACAUGAAACUCCCAGGGGACCAUUCCUAUGUCAGCCAGCCUCUGGUUGUCUCAGCAGACCAGCAGCUGGAAAUCGGGAGGCUGCAGGCUGAGCUCUCCAACCCUCACACAGGGAUCUUCCCACACCCAUCUUCCCAGAUGCAAGGCCAGCCUCUUUCCUCCCAGGCCAUCUCGCAGCAGCACUUGCAGGAGGCAGGCAAUCGAGAGUGGAGCCCUCAGAACGCAUCCAUGUCAGAGUCUCUGUCCAUCCCAGCAUCCUUGAACGAUGCAGCUUUGGCUCAGAUGAACAGUGAGGUGCAGCUUCUGACUGAAAAGGCGCUGAUGGAACUUGGGGGUGGAAAACCACUUCCACACCCCCGGGCCUGGUUUGUCUCCCUGGAUGGGAGAUCCAAUGCUCAUGUUAGACAUUCAUACAUUGAUCUCCAAAGAGCUGGAAGGAAUGGAAGUAAUGAUGCCAGUUUGGACUCUGGUGUGGAUAUGAAUGAACCAAAAUCUGCCCGAAAGGGACGGGGAGACCCUUUGUCUCUCCAGCAGAGCCACCCAGCUGUCCAGGAGCACCAGCAGAAAGAGCCCAGCACUCCAGACAGCACUGCCUAUACACAGCUCGUGUACCUGGAGGACAUGGACCAGAGCAGCAGUGAGUGUGGGACCACUGUGUGCACCCCCGAGGAUGGUACACUGCGGUGCCUGCUGGAAGGCUCGAGUCGGAGGAGUGGGGGACAGCUGCCCAGCCUGCAAGAGGAGACCACCAGACGAAUGUCAGAUGCACCCCCAGAGCCAUCAGCCAGUCCUCACCAGAGAAGAUCUGCUCAUGAGGAAGAGGAAGAGGAUGACGAUGAUGAUGACCAAGGAGAAGACAAGAAGAGCCCCUGGCAGAAGCGAGAGGAGAGACCCCUCAUGGCAUUUAACAUUAAAUAAGCCAUCACAGAACCACCCAGCUGGAGAACAGAAAAUUGCCAAAUAUCCUGUCUUACCUGUUUGCAGGGGAGGUUGACUGGUGACAGCUAUGGAAGUGGACACUGAUUGUGUUGAUACUGCAGUGUCCAUAGCAGAAAGGAAUUAAAGCUCUUGCUCAGAAUAAAGGAUGACUAAUGACCCCUGCUACCCCUGCAAGGCAGCGGCUGGAAGAGGUGUCUCAAUGUUGUUCUGGGACUUGAUGUGCCCGCCACAGCCAGGGACACUGCAGAACUGCACAUGACAUUCUAUGCUCCAAGGAUCACCUCAAUUCUCCCUCAGAUUCUGGGAACAGAAGAAAUUCUUUUUGCGUUGCUUGAAUCCAUUUUGUCUCGAUAAUGCCACCGUGAAGUUAUUCCUGAGAAGUGAGGGUGGCACAUAGUGUCCCAAGGUAGGCAUUAUCUCGAGGGAAAGCUAUGCAUCACUGCUUCGUCAUCUUACUUUGCUUAGGUUUUGCUUUGGUUAGGCCUUAUUUUGAGAUUUUCUUUUUUUAAAAAAAAUACGCAGUUUGGUUGUAAAAAUUUUAUUCCCUCAUUUUAAUCUAGUCUCCUUCUCAGUGGUUUAUUUCAGUGUCUCCCUUUAAGAACUCCUGAGUGUCAUCUCUUAACAUCCAAGCCUUUAAAUGAAAUCAUACUGAAAUUUUUAUCAGCUAAGAGUCUUUCAAUUCUGGUCCCAUUAACUCCAAGUGCCUUUUUUACAGUGAAAACAAACAGUCCCUCAUUGUUUUGGUUUUUCUUAACCCUUUUAAUUAAACUGCCUGGAUUUUAUAUAAAACUAUAAAUGAUGCUCCUUUUAUUUAAACUGCAUGCUGCCAAGUGCCAUUUGUGCUGAGCAUUCCCUUUUCAACACAGUGUACUCUAGUUAUCCUGUGUAAUGUGGGUUCUGUUUAGCUACGAUAGACUAGAGGACACUUUAGAGAUGCCCUUCGCUCCUUCUUCCCUUUGGCCACUAGCCACCAAUAUGGUUUUCCUGGCUGUUUGUAUAUACAAGUACACAUUGUCUCUGGAAUCUUAUGGGCUUAUCUUGCUCACCAAAUACAAGAGUAUGGACUGAGCAAGGGAACUGAAUGUGACUAUUAAAAUAAAUUGUACUAUCCAAAAGUGCCAGAAUGACUCUUCUGCGCAUUCUCCUUAAAGAGCUGCUUGGUUAUCCAAAAAUGAAAAAUUCAAAAUAAAUUCAGAAGAAAAAUAAAA